AUGUCUGAUUGUGAUCCUGCUCAACUAAUACAAGAAUUCGACCAAGAAGCUGCAUCUAGGAAAGAAGUCAUUCUUAAAAACAUGGAAGCUGCAAUAAAUAACAUGCUCAACGCUCUCGAAAUAUCUUUAUUAUCAAUUCCUGAUUCUGUACGAAAAAUUCCGAUGAAACGGCUUGUUGAGGAGUUUGGUGGUGAUAUUCAAAAAGCAGCAUGCGCGCUAAUUCCGAAAUCUCCAAUAAAAACUCCUACGAAAAGACAAACUACCCCAAAGAAAUCUCCAAAGAAUACAUUAUAUCAAAAUGCUUCUCUUUUAGAUCUUUUAAACCAAAAAGCUCAACUUGCGCAAAAAUCAGCUGGAAGAAAAACUCCUACAAGAGGGCGUCUUCCACCUAAGUUGCCAGCAUCAAGUGCAAGACCUAAAACUCCUACUAGAGAAAAACUUACUCCAAGGAAAAUUGCGGCAAAAUUAUAA